AGGGAGUUGGGCCCUGCAGGGCUGUGCCAGCAGGACGGGAGGCUCAGGAUGGGCACAGAAGGACUCCGAUGCCCUCAGGUGCUGUGGCUCCUCCUCUGGGUGCAGCCAUGCAGAGAUCCCAUGUUGAUGUUUGAAGGGGCAGCGGAGGUGAGGCUGGCGGAUGGCAGCGGGCGCUGUGAUGGGAGAGUGGAGGUGAAACACCAGGAGCAGUGGGGGACCGUGUGUGAUGACUCCUGGGAUGAGGAUGAUGCAGUGGUGGUUUGUAAGCAGCUGGGCUGUGGGUCAGCAAUCAGUGCUACACAGAAUGAAAGAUUUGUGCUAGGAUCUGGCCCCAUUUGGAUGGAUGAGGUCCAGUGUCGAGGCACCGAGUCUGCCCUGUCUGACUGCAAACACGAUGGAUGGGGUGAACAUGACUGUAGUCAUGGCGAGGACGCUGGAGCUACAUGUACAGGAUUUGUCCGUCUGGUCGGAGGGGACAGCCGCUGCUCAGGACGAGUGGAGAUCCAUGACGGGGAUGGGUGGAAAGCUGUCUGUGACUCACACUUUGGUCCCAAAGCUGCUGAUGUGGUCUGCAGAGAUCUUCAGUGUGGCACAGCCCUGCCCGUCCCCACAGCAAGUCCCUUUGGAGAAGGGACCGGUGCCACCUGGGACAGAGAGCUGCAGUGCGUGGGGAACGAAUCCAGCCUCUCCUCCUGCCCCACGGGGACCCCUCGGGUCCAGCCCUGCGCCCAGACAAGCAUUGCUGCUGUCACCUGCACACGGUUCAGGCUGGCGAACGGCAGCACGGCGUGCGUGGGCAGGGUGGAAGUGGAGGUGCAGGGAACAUGGGGCAGCCUUUGUGCCUCCCGCUGGGACCUGAUGGACGCCCACGUUCUCUGUCGGCACCUGGGCUGCGGGUUUGCGGUGUCCGUUCCCGAAGGAGGGCAUUUUGGGAGAGGAAGUGGCCCGGUGUGGAAUGACUGGUUCCACUGCGAGGGGACUGAGAGCAGCCUGGAUCAGUGCCCGGUGACCGUCCUGGGGGCCUCUCCGUGCUCCCACGAGAACGACGCUGCCGUCAUUUGCUCAGGCCCGCCUCACAACGCGUCCCUAAGGCUGGUGGGUGGACGGAGCCGGUGCGACGGGCGUGUGGAGAUCUUGCAGCGUGGGACGUGGGGCAGAGUCCUGGAUGAUCAGUGGGGCAUGGAGGACGCCGGCGUGGUGUGCCGGCAGCUGCGCUGCGAGGAGGCAGAGGCAGCCUACAUUGUGCCGAGGGCCGAGCGAGGGACGGGCCCCGUGGGGCUGCGCGGGGUGCGGUGUGCCGGCCACGAGGCCGGCCUGAGCCUCUGCGACGCCUCCCCGCGCCGGGCCGUGGGCAUCAUGGAGGACGUGGGGGUAGUGUGCCAGGGGAGCCGCCAGGUCCGGCUGGUGGAUGGGGCCGGGCGAUGCGCAGGGAGAGUGGAGAUCUACUACCGGGGGCAGUGGGGCACGGUCUGCGACGACGCCUGGGACACGGCCGACGCCAACGUGGUUUGCCGCCAGCUGAGCUGCGGAUGGGCCGUGGAGGCGGCCGGCUCGGCUCGCUUUGGGCAGGGCUCCGGGCACAUCUGGCUGGAUGGCGUGAACUGCUCUGGGGACGAAUCUGCUCUCUGGAACUGCUCUGCUGAGGCCUGGGGACAGCACGACUGCGGGCACAAAGAGGAUGCGGGAGUCGUCUGCUCAGAAUUCGUGGCCCUGAGGCUGGAGAACAGCGAUGGCUGCUCCGGGCGCCUGCAGGUUUUCUACAAUGGGACGUGGGGGAGCGUCGGCUCCAACUCGAUGACUCCCUACACGGCGCCACUGGUGUGCAAGGAGCUGGGCUGUGGGGACGGGGGGGUCCUGGAAAGCAACAACCGCUACCGCAGGGUGAAUGGCACCGCGUGGCUGGACCACGUGCAGUGCGGGGAGAGCAGCAGCUCCUUCUGGCAGUGUCCCUCCGGUCCCUGGCAGCUGCAGUCCUAUGACGACGUGCGAGACGAGGCCAGCAUCACCUGCAAUGGGAGAAAGCCGGAAAGGAGGCCGGGAGCCGCGUGCCCCAAUUCCACGAGCUGCACAGACAGGGAGAAGAUCCGCGCUGUGGGAGGCAAGGACGGGUGCUCAGGCAGAGUGGAGGUCUGGCACCGCGGCUCCUGGGGAACCGUGUGCGACGACUCGUGGGACGUGCAGGAUGCCGAGGUGGCGUGCAGGCAGCUGGGCUGCGGCCCUGCGCUGUCUGCCCUGGCCGAGGCUGCGUUUGGGGAGGGCACAGGACCCAUCUGGCUGGUGGAGUGCAGGGGCACGGAGCCAUCUCUGCAGGACUGCUGGGCCCGCACUGCGGGUGGUGGCGCCUGCCGGCAUAAGGAAGAUGCAGCGGUGAACUGCUCGGCUGCACCCAGGAUGACAGCAUCCCCCCCACAAAGAGACCCCAUGCUGGGCUACGCGACCGUCAGCAGGAGAGUCUCGGUGCCUGUCAUCAUCUGCAUCGUCCUGGGGCUCCUUGUUGGCCUCCUCCUGGCCCUCCUGGCAAGGCAGAUGCAAAGUGCCAGAGCUCGGCACAGAGACUCCAGGAGAUCUGGGGAGCCCUUCUCUGAAGCCGUGUACGAGGAGAUCGAGUACAGCCCAGUGAGGGAGAAGAAAAUGAGGUACAGUUUCUCAGACAUCCCUGUUCUGCCCGGCGAUUCCCCGGUGGAGGGCUAUGAUGAUGCCGGGGAGGUUUCUGAGCCUGGAGAGCCUCCUGUGCCAGGGCAGGGAGACUGGCCAGUGCCUCGGGCACAGGAGGAGGGAGGGGGACCCAGGGAUGCUGCCAGAGGAGAGAGUCUGCGCUCCUGGAGAAGUGCCGGGGCCCCCGAAGUGGAUGGAGACACCUCACCUCUGUCCCGUGGGAGCACGGGCUACGACGACGCUGACGAGAUGCCAUAACCCCAUUGGACACACGGGCUGCGACAGCAGAGCUCUGGGAUGUGAGCUGUGGGACAAGAGACUCUGUCCCUGCUGUGAAGUUGGCUGUAGACACAAAGGAGAGGUCGGUGCCGCCGGGAGAGCCGUGAGCGCCAGGAGCUCUUUUCACAGGGGCGUCAGAAACAGCCAUGCAGUUCCUCCAAGUUUUAUUGCUCUGCUUUUAUGCUGCACAUCGGUAUUGGUUCCUAUUAAACCCCUGUGAGAGCUCUGACCCAGAGCUUUGGCCUCCCUGCCCAUAUUUUGGGACAUCCCUCUGAGGCUGACUGGACCAGCAGAGCACAAGGGCACGGUGUCGGGCUGGGGCACUUCUUGGGGAUGGUGGGCUUGGGCUCAGGGCCACGGUGCCUGGGAAGUAUUCCUGCUGAAUCUACUCCAACCAGGGCAGCCAAUGUGACCCAAAGCCCCACGAUGCUCCCCAGUAGGAGGGACUGACUCCCGCUGCCUCGGAGCCUGUGGACUCCAAGCGCUUCAAGAAUGGGCAGAUCUUUCCUUCUAGACUGUUGGAAGCAGAGGACAGAGGGACAGAAAUCACGCCCACAAGACGUGGGCUGCAGCCCUUGGUCAUGGCGAAGCCCCUGGCCAGCAGAAGGGCCCCACGCCAGCUCUAAAAGACAGGAAGGUCUAAAAGACAGUACAGCUUUGUGUAAGCUAGAGUACUCCAUUGUAUGCUGAUGAACCAGAAUAAGCAAUCCACGGCAGGCUGGGUGACUAACUGCUUCAGGUAGGGCUCUCUCAAGAAGUCAAUCAUGAGAGUGGGUUCAUCCCCUUAAGCAGGAUGGAGUCACGUAGAACAACAGGAACUUCUUUGUGAAGACCAGUGGCUAACUUGGGCUUUGGAGUAAUGGCAAAACAGAAUCAUGGAAUGGGUUGGGUUGGAAGGGAGCUCAAGGAUCACUGGGAGCCAUUCCCCAUCUCGCAGAGUUUUGCCAAUCACUAGAUGGAGGCCGAGACCAGGCUGCCCAGGGCCCCAUCCAACCUGGCCUUGAACACCUCAGGGAUGGGGCAUCCACAGCUUCUCCAGGCAGCCUUUCCACAUCAUCCUCUAGCGAAAAGGAGAACUGAGCCACGCUCUGUCAGACACCAGCUCAGGCACCUCGCGCUCGUUCUUCCUUGCUGUCUAACGGCAAAAGGACAAAACACAACAGGCCGUGCACAAUGCAGCGGCUCGCUGUCAGUUUAGCAGUGCCUGUCCACUCAUCGAGCAUGGUGAUGCCCUCAGCCACCUCACCCCAGUUUCCUCUUCAGCAGGAUGCCACAGGGUAGGGAAUCGGAGAAUCAGAGAAUCACUAAGGCUGGAAAAGGCUUUGUCCCUUUGGCCAGUUGAAGCUUCUGUCCCCUCCCAGCUUCCUGUGCAUCCUCAGCACCACUCAAAAUUGCUUUGCUUGAGGGUGAAGGCUUCCAACUGACUUGGUUGAAGUUCCGUGCCUGUUUCUGUUCAAGAGACAUUUGCACAAUGCCUUCAAAAAUAGGCUUUACCUUAGGCUAUCCCUAAAGCGGUGAGACAGUUGCACCAGGUGACCUUUGAAGGCCACUUUCAGCAAUUCUAUUGCAUUGAUUCCUUUCUAUUUGGUUCCAUUCUCUUCUUCCUGGUGCAACUGGGGGACAGGAGCCUCUUCCAGGGCACAGAACCACGUCCCACAGCACUCAGGUGCCUUUCUGGGUACCCAAGCAAUUGCUUUGGCGCACAAGCCGCAUCAAGCCCUGGAAAGCAAUAGUGUGCCCAGGGCACCCAAGCAGUAACCAGGGGCACCCAGGCACUUCCAGGAGCACUGAAACGACUCACUGGGUGCUGUGGUUUAACUUGGCGUGGUUUAGGAGCUUGUGGUAGCAGUGGUAAUGAGAAGACGGUUGGACUAGAUGAUCUUACAGGUCGUUUCCAGCCUUGUGAUUCUAUGAUUCUAUGGUUCUGUGAUUGGCAGGCAGCAGAGCCCCACACGGCCUUUUGCUCACUCUCCUCUCUCCCAGUGGGAACAGGGGAGAACUGGAAAAAACAGUGUAGAACUCAUAGGUUAAGAUAAAAACUGUGUACUAGGAUAGAAAAAAAGAACGGAAGCAACAAUGUG